AUGGUUCUGACUCGUCGCUUUUCAGUUCUGCUAAUGCUGUGCCAAAUGUUCUCCGGACUAAUUGCAAAGCAGUGCAGUCGUCAAGUUUCCGUGUAUGGAAUGAUGCUUCAACGAUACCUCUUCCUGAUAGUUGAGACCUCUACCACAUUUGAGUGUCCUACGGCCUGUAACGACGAGGAAAGAUGUCAAAGCUUCAACUACGUCGUUUCCAAGAACAUCUGUGAGAUGAAUAACCGCACUAAGGAAGCCAGACCUGAAGACCUCGUCCCUGACUCUGAUCGGUAUUAUUAUGGAAGAGUUAGAAACAGAGGUUUGUUAUUAGUAAGAAAAAGAGAGAAAGUAAAACAUUUCGAGAGAGAGAUGCUGACCUUUCUGCUAUCGCUGAAAGCAAGCUUUGGACAAUAUUUUUUACUGUUAUUUGUAUCCUCGAACAGAAAGUUGAUCUCGACCCUAAAAGUUAUCUUUUAAGUAUGUUUUGUUCAACUGGAAUGUUUUAUUCGUUAUCAUUAUCUAAAUAUUUAAAAAUUUCUUAUGCAUUUAUAUAUUUAUCUGUUUCUCUAUUUGUUUGUAUUUUCUGAUCAAAAUCCUCUACUUUUUUCCUCGUUUAAGUUCUGUGAAUCAUCCAAAACUGUCAGUUUCUUCUUUCAGAAACGUUACUAUAAUCAUCUUUUUAUCAUUUUCAGUUCCACUGGGAUCCAUUCCGGAGCUUCCCGCUGAAUCGUGUAAAGAAAUAAAAGCCAGUGAGGGAGAACAAGCGGUCAGCGGCAACUACUGGUUUAAAGUUAAUCUACUUAAUUAUGCUGUUUUGGUUCACUGCGAUAUGAAAACGGAAGGUAAAGCAUAAACUUGCAAAGUGAAAUCUAAAUCAAUCAUCAUUCAUUCUUUAAUUCACUGAUAAAUGCAACCAUUUAUUUUCCUCACUCACUCGUUCAAUUUCUCCCUGAAUGAAUGCAGGUAAUGUUCAGUUUUGUUCCUUUCUUUAAAAUAAUAACAAUAAUAAUAAUAAUAAUAAUAAUAAUAAGAUGGUUAUGGGAUUUAGUAGUGGAAGUAGCCCUUCUUUGAAAAGUUGGUUUUUAUGGAGGGAGGAAAACCAGAGCACCCGGAGAAUAAAUUUGCGUAGCAAGGACGAAAACCAACAACAAACUCAACCCACACGUGACACCAGGUCUGGAGAACAAACCUGGGCCACAAUGUUGAGAGUCGAGCACUCUCAGCACUGCGCCAUCCCGGCUCCUCCAGAAAGAAAUAUAAUUUUGAAUUAAUUGUUUACGUUACAACUGCUAUUACAUUUGUGCUACAGAUAUUGACGAGUGCACUCAUGGAAUUCAUGAGUGUCUCAACGAAUCGGCAAACUGUUUAAAUACGGUUGGAUCGUACAACUGUGUUUGUAAAGAUGGUUACCAAGGCGGCGGAAAAACCAUUUGCACACCAGAGGGUAAGUAGUUUGACAGCAUAAAAGUUAUAAAUUGUGACGAUGAAGAGCUUUAGUUUUGCUUAAUAGUUUUUUUCUUUUCCAUAACUAUUUAGAAUGUAUAAGCUACUCACUUCUGACCAGUGGAACAAGGAAAACCACCUACGACACACCCCAGGGAAGAGAAUCUUGCGACAACGACCUCAGUGCGGACUGGUUUCGUUUCAAAGGAGAUGCAGGAACGAAGAUGCCAACCAAAUGUGUACCUUACAAAAAAAAAGGGCACUGACUCUACGGGUUGGCUAGACGGUUAUCAUCCAACAGUAGCUGAUGGAAAGGUCAGCAGGACGGUUUGCUUUCGGGGUCGUACAGACUGUUGUAAACAUCCAGUUUAUAUUAAAGUGAGAAACUGUGGAUCUUUCUAUGUUUACCAACUAACGCCACGAACAUCCUGCAACCAACGCUAUUGUGGCACUGACUGAUAAUUAUGCUAGGAUCAACCACAGACAGAUCCAAAAAAAACAGAGACUAAGUGAAGAGGGGGUAGGAAGAAAUGAGGUGGUAUCGUAAUUUGAUCUCAGUCAUUGAUAAAGACUUAAUAACGUCAACUCAGAAGGACUUAUUUUUAUUUCAGAGGUCAUUUACCGUGAUAACAUUUAUUUAUUACCCAAGGCAGGAAAGCUCUUCAAAUCACAUAUCGAUUAACUUCUCUUUUGUGAGAACGCUUGACUAUGGAUAAUUGAAGUGGAUGUAAAAUAUGGAUGAAAUCAGAUAAAUUCCAUUUCUUCUAGAAAUGCACGGCAUGUAUUAUCAAACCUCCUACUCUGAAAAUGUGCGGUUUUAAAUUGACGACAUAUUUGCAAAGUAUGUAGAUAUGCUAUGAAAUAAAUGUACCCACUUUUUCCUGCCGAUGAUUACAAAUUCAGUCUCAAAUAGAAAAAAAACAAUUUCAGUGCUGAAUUAUUCAUGAGUAGCAUAAAUUGUAGUCAUGUUCUCAGUUGAAAUGAUUCAGACUUUGGCUUUUUUUCGGCAACAAUUACGCACAGGCCUAAAGGGAAAGGUUUACACUCUUUGUUGGUAAUUAUUUUUGACCACCGUCGCGCACCCAGCAAAUUCUUAAACUACAAUUUUAUAUCUUUUUACGAAUACCAUUGCCUUUUUAAAGAGACACUUCUGUGGAAUUUAUAAGUAUUUUUCACUGAGUUUUGUAAGCUCCUGUGUAAUCAGUAGAUUCUGCAGGAGUGUUAUGGAACAAAUUUUAUCUUGGAAAAUAAAAAAAUUACAUGAGAGAAGUUUAAAGGAACAUGUUGACAACAGGGAAAAGGAAAGAAUAAACUUAAGAUGGCUGAUCAGGAAAAACAGGACACUUUGAUAAAGCUUAAAGAAAUGUUUAUCACUGACUUUUGUACUGAGAAUCGCAUAACAAUGGAGAUAAAGCUUUCUUUUUCUAAAGGAUUGCUUUGUUAGGUGUAACACUUAGAAAACCGUGGAGACUUUGGGAAAUAAGCCUUUGUUUUGCAAUAAGCAGCUGGAAUCUCUCACGUAGAAACGUGCUCAUCAACGCAAUGUACCCAACAUCGCUGCCAUCAAUAACGAGGAAGUGGUGAUGAAAAGACCACAAAAGAUCAUUUUAAAACUUUAUUUCCAAACAUUUUUUGAUUCUAAAAUAAUUAUAAAAUUAACCACCAAAGGAGAAAAAACGAAGCAGGUCAAAAAUGAAUAGAUGAUCAACAUUCAAAUAUAGCAGAAAUAGGGAUUGAUCAUACUUCUGUGAAGCGUAUUGCGAAAAUAACUACCUCUGUCUCUUGGAGAGAUCCUGCAUAGUGAUCUCUACUAUUCAGUUGCUUAUAUAGAAAAUCUUAGCAUGGUCACUUACCGAUUUGUUAAUCUUUUACCAUGACGAUUGGUUGCGAUAUUAGCUUUAUAUUAAAAAUAAAAUAUCAACGAACUUCGAUAACUUCCAAGGCUAUAUUACUUUCUGAAACUUUACAUAACUUAUUCUAAUACUUCGUUUCUUGAAAAUUUUCUGCUUAAAAUUAAUUACACCAAUAUAGUAAUGAAUCAAAAUCAAUUAAAAUUCCAGCUUUAACAACUUUUUGGUGUUUAAUAAACUUAAUAAACCGUAACUCUCAAAAACCAAAGAGAGCAAACUUUCGACAUAAAUUAUUUAUAACUGUGCAGGAUAACUUGGAUGUAGUGCAUCAGUUGAAAUGAUUGAUGACUGGACACUACAAGCACAAGGUUUCUUAUUCAGUGAAGUCGCAAAUAUCUGUUUCCAAUCAAGACACCUAAAGCAGAGGUCGUUUGAAUAACCCCUUAUCAUUUACACGAGCGUACUAUUUUACAAGACUUUCUAAAAAUGAUUCUAAUUCCAUUGCUCCAUGUCAUUUGCACUGCGGUCGCUUUGGCUUCUGCUAAGCCAGAAGGUGAGGCACUCUCAUCGUUUUUCGUUUUCAGUAAUUUUGAAGGUCUAGACAUGACGCGAUUGUGCAGAAAUUACACCUGGUUUCCGUGAAAAAUUAAACCUUACAACUGACACACUGUUACUUGCGGUACCACAUGAAUGACGUAAAUAGCCCCAAGCAUUCAUUCGUGUUUCCUAAUACUUGAAUAGUAACGAUUUGUAAUUCUGGCUAGAGAGAAGUAUGUCAUCGUUGUCGCUUUGACACUGGCUGCUUCAAGCCAAUACUACUUUACCUCAUGACUUUUCAUGGUCUUUGCAGAAACAUGUCGCAUCAUUCAGUUCGUGCGUAAAGUAAACGAAAAGGCUCUUGAAGGUCACACGAUUACAACGAUUAAUUCGAACAAAGUCGACUUUUGUGAGACGCGGUGUUUCCUUAACCAUGAUUGCGUCUCUUACAACUUUGGGAAAAAAAGGGAAAUAACUGUUCACCACAAAUAAUUGCCUCGUUAUCCAACAAACUGGUUAAGAUUUUUUUCUUUCAAUUCAGUUACCCUUUGCAAAUCUAUUGUGUUCACAAAUAUUGAUGAUUGUAACGAUGAUGUUUGUGAUGGUAAUGCAAAUUGUACCAACACUAAUGGUUCUCAUAAUUGCAUCUGUAAGGAAGGAUACAUUGAAGAUGGACAGUCUUGCCAAUGUAGAUUAGAACGGCGAUACUUCACGCCGAGCAAAGCAACUUUCCAUAAUAAGUAUUUUCUUCGUAACUGAGGUCAUUUCAAGAGCCGGAAACGUAAUGAUUUUCAGGCCCCGACCACGUAUUUCUAUAAAGUUAUGGGUUUCAUCAUAAGUAUACAUACACAUUUUUCGACAAUACGCGUAGAUAUUUUACGAGUUGCUUAGUAUUUUUUCGAGUCCGGAAGGAACGACGAUAAAUAAGAGCAAUGAACAAGAUCUCUUCUCGUAUUGUAUAAUAAACAAUCGAAUGAGGGAUUCAUCAUUCCAACAUUACCUGGAAUAUUUUUCUCGAAUAUGACGUCACGUUCGGACGCUCGGAUAGCUAACCCCCCUCCCCCCCCACCAUCUCCUCCCUUAUUUUUUUAAUAGUAUAGAUACAAGGAAAAUAUGUUUCUACUGCCACACAUUUUAAAAACUUUUCAACCCUCAACAACAGCGCGAUCAGUACAACAGAGUAAUUUUAUUUUGCACACCAGAUUUUUUCUACUUUCAUGUGCUUGCAGAGUUCCUUUAUGUAUUAUCCAUUCUUUUGACUUUUGCCCUAUUGCUGAAGUAACUUAAGAAGCGCCCCUCUCGACUAAUUUCGGCUAAUGUAAUUUAACUCUGUAGGCAAUCCGUGUUAAAAUUACAAAACCUGAGUAAUGCCAUUAGAAAGAGCAGUUACUCAACACCGGUACGCGGACUAGCCUUUCUAUCAGGGGUGGUGGGGGUGGUUAAGGCAUUUUUCUUUGACUGCCAAAGUUUUGGAAUUAAUCAUACAUGUUACUCACCGGAGAACUCCUAAAACUUGCAUUAGUCUUUAAUUCUGAGAGAUUCUUGAGGUUGCGUCAUUGUGAAAAGAACUGUGAACGUAGAAGUAGAGCGCGAUACGUAUUGAGAUAGGGAAAAAACAAAGAGAAUAUACUUUCAUUCCUGCAAACCUGUUUCGAGACCACUCAUAUAUAACUCAAGGGUGUUAUACAUCUAUAUAAUAAGCUCAGUUAUGCACGCAUUCUGAUUGGUUCUCACUUAUGAUCUAUUGGAGGACAGACGUAUAGAUGACGUCAUCAUUAAAACUUUUUUAGUGUGUCACAUCAGUGACACACUCAGCUGCGCCCUGUGUGCCACUUUUUUGUUCUUCCCACAUUUUGACGUCAUCUGUGAUCUAUUACUGAACAGACGCACGGCAACUUGGAAUCUAUUUGAAAAAUAUAUUUAUAUAUCUAAUACAUAUAUAAAUUGAGUUCGGGGAAAAACAAAGAGACAAAGAGCCUGUUUUGUGAUUACAUCACUCUUAUGUCGUGAUUAAAACAACGAUAAAAUUUUUCUUUCACAAUUAUUAUUCAACUUUUUAGCCGAUCCAUGUUAUAAUUACCACAACCUGAGUGAUGCCAACAGAAAAAGCAAUUACGUUACACCGCUCCAUGAUUCAGUGUUUUGUGACGAGAAACUCACCGUGGGAUGGUAUCGUUUUGUGGGAGCUGCAGGAACUAAAAUGCCAACAAUACGUGUACCAGCAAACAGAUGUGGUGCAAACUGGUCAGGAUGGUUGGAUGGUGCUCAUCCUAUAGUGGAAGAUGGUGAAUUUUCCAGGACGGUCCGCUUUAGCAAUCGUCCUACAGGUUGCAAAUACUCAAUCGAAAUUUUAGUCAAAAAUUGUGGAUCAUUUUACAUCUACAAACUUGCUUAGCCCCCUGGUUGUACUUCGCGUUACUGCAGCACGGACUAAAUCUGAGUCUAAUAACUCCACAAAACGAGACAAGUUAUAAAAAGAUCCUUGUGAACAAUGUACUUAACGACUUACAGUCCCCUCCCUAUCGUAAUCGUUAAUACCAUCGUUUUAACCUAGUGCAUACUGGCAAAUUUUUACGUCGGUGGCGAAUAUUAACUUUUUUUUUUUACAGCUUUAUUGACCAUUACACAUAUUACAUACAGCAAAUUAAACAGCCAAGAAAAAAAUGAAAUAUAUGUGCAAAGUGAUUUAAAGUGAUAAGGUCAAAAGGGAAGGUGCGAACGGGACGCGAGGACCCAUGCGAGGCACCUCCCACUCCCUCCCCACUCCCUCUCGGUGAGUGGGUAAAUAUUAUAUUACAUCAUUUAAGACUUCUUGCCUGAAAAAAUGAUAAGCGAAAACUUUCAAAUCCACCUAACUAUAACUUUGUACAUUAUUUAAUAGCGUUCAACAUUUUUGACAAGUUGCUCUAUUAUUUCAUCAAGAGCUUUAUCACCAUUGGAUUAAUUAUCCUAUUGCAGUAAUAGGAUAAACAAAGAACACUUGCCCGAAAAAAAUCAAGCUUAAAAAAAUAACAGUUAGUUUGUAGACAGGUUGGAUCUUUCGAUAUCUACAAACUUGCUAAGUCAUACGCAUGUAAUUUGCGUUUCUGUGCCUCGAAAUAAACUGACUAAAUAAUUCGCCUUAGUGUUAUAACAUUAGUUACGUGGACCUCUUGCUAACAAAUUAAGUAUUAAAAAAAAAAGAUAGAGACAGACAUGCAUGUAGAAUAUUCCUUUUCGAAUGUCUCAGUCCAGUAGCUUUAGAGAUAAAAGCUGAACAAGGAAAUCCAGAAUGCCUUUGGUUAUCGCCAAGUACUUAUAUUUUCUUGAAAAAAAUAUUGAUUUAAGUCUGUGACUCUGUGUUACCUCGAAAAUAAUUGAGAUUUAAGGACACGUGAUAAAAAGCUGAGUAGUAUAUUCCAUUUAUCAUUAGCAGUACCUUCUGUAUUUGUGGGGUUCAAAAAUGUUUCGGCUUUAUAACAAAAUAUUCCGUGAUAAAAGCCAUGUGUCAAAGGUGGUCUGCCAUCCGUAGUCAAUUUGCUAUGUAAUCACGAUUAUACUGUGACAGCUAUGAAUUUGAAGCAAAAGUUUAAGUUAAAACCAUUGAAAAUAACUUUGGUUUGCACAAAUCUGGUGCUCACAUCCUUUUGAACCCAUGGUCAUCAGCGGAUUACACCGUAAUUUCGGUCCCAGACUCCCGUUCCCCGUUCUCCUUUCCUCAUUCUCCGUUCCUCGUUCUCUGUUCAGAAUUCUCCGUUUCUUGUUCUCCGUUCCCCGGUCCUCGUUCUUCGUUCUUCGUUCUCCGUUCUCCGUUCUCCGUUCUUCGUUCCCCGUUCUCCGUUCCUAGUUCUCCGUUCCCCAUUCUCCGUUCCUCGUUCUCCGUUCCCGCUCUGAGUUUACCGUUCCCUGUUCCUCGUUCCUCGAUCAUCGUUGCCCUUUCUUCGUUUCUCGUUGAAGUAACAUCCUACUACUGCUAUGGCGCAAUAGUCAGUUCAAACAGCGAUUUCUGAAACAUCUUAGUACCAUGGGCGCUUUUUUAAUGCUCAGAUUUAACUUGAAUCGAAAAAAGUUUUAGACUGGUUUACACCCGGUGGAGUUUACUAACGGGCUGGUGCGAAUCCUGUCAGCUAUUUGGGUGCAACAGCAGGAAAAAAAGAUCAAAUUUCGUAGCCUAGAACCCCUUCCGAAUCAUGAACCUGAUGAAAAAUUUCAAGAGAGUCAGCCAGUCAGCCGUGUGUUCUUAAAUUGGUUGAUCAUGAAAAAAGGAAUUUUUUUUUCGUAAGUUCUGUUUUUUUUUUUAAAAUUUCGUUAUGUAAAAUUGUAGUCGAUUUUUAGCUUACCAGUCGAUUCGUACCAGCUCGGAACUUUCGCACUCAGGAUAAUUUUUUAUUAUCUACUGAGUUGGUAACGAAAAUUGGUUCCCAUGAAGAGUUUAAAAGCGUUUCGAGCGUUAGCCCUUCGUCCAAUCGCUCUGACGAAGGGCUAACUCUCGAAACGUCAGCUUUUAAAUUCUUUGCGGUGGCCAAUUUACGAUAUCAACUUAGUUGAUAAUACUUGAUUACCCUGUUAUACUCCCAAUCGACGCAGCACCUGAGUUUCUUUAGAAACUUAACACCUAUAUCCUUUCGUACUCAGUCAGUUUAAUCGCUUAAAGUCCAAACAAAUAAAGUUUUUUUACAACACUUUGACCCAUAAUUUCUCUUUACAAUAUCACCCCUGAAUCAAACAUGAAUGUCAAAAAGAAAAUGAUCGCCUACAAAAGAAACUCUUGAAUGUUAAGCGAAUUCUCUAAGUCAACUCUGUAGGUAAUAUAUAUCUAAUGGUAUGGAAAAUAUGUAUACUGAUGUUAUCUAUACUUUUGACAUCAGAAGAGCUUAGAAGAGCUUACGGAAAAAAGGGGGGGAUUAAAUCUUAGGAAUAGGGUUCUGCCCUCACCAAAAAAGUACAAGAGGACGGUAGAUACAUAAUGCAAAUAACAGUUUCAUGGUAGAUAUCGAAUUUGGAAUACGUAUUCUAGUUAUGAGCUACUUUUUACCAUGUUUUCUUAAAGUUUACUGAGCCACCGGCGACUUGACCUUCAAACAAUGACACAGAAAUGAAGCGGAAGCAAUCAUUAAAGGAUGCAAGUUGUCUAACUACCUCAUCGCGGUACAAGUGAGGGUUGAUAGCCCGCCCCUUCUCCGCACUCCCUACUUUUUUUUUAAAGAACAAUAAAGCACUCUUUACGAUCGAGCCACCAGGAACUUGAAUCUCAAAAGAAAAAAGAAAAAAAAGAACAAAGGAAUAAACGAAAAAGGCGUUUAAGCUGACUAAGUACCCCUUUACCCACCCCUUUCCUUGGUUUUGGUUUUUCUUGCUCUUUGAAAAGUUUGGAUGGGCAGUUACGAAAACUAAACUUAGAGGAGAAAUUGCUGAUUAAUCGCGUUGACAUGCUUAUGAGGGUGUGAUAUCGUCAAAGGUGGUGACGAAAGCCACUGGCUAGAUUUCUAAAUCCGCCAACAGGCCAUUGAGUUGAACACAUGACGGAACCAAACAACUCGAACGGAAAUAUCCGUGUUAUUAAAUUUUCAACCUUGGAUAUUUCAUCUCUGGUGUUAAAAGUUUUUUGCAUUUGCAUGAAAAAGGAACGACUGGAACGAUGUCAACGGCAAUUCGGAAAUGUUUUCAAAGAAAGAUAAUGAUUCCUUUUGGCAACCUUAAUGCAUGAGCAAUUCUUGCACGUUUAAGGCUUACAACUAAUACCCAUCGUCAUGCACCCCUAAAAUCAUCGAUCAUCGUUGCAUGAAUCUGCUGCGGAUUUAAAAGUGUCAUCUACAGUGGCAAAGCAGGACUUGAUCUAAACCCUAACCCAGCGCAAGAUGGACGAUUUAUUACUUUAUUCAUUAAGUGUAAAUAGUUGGCACAAGUAAAUCGCACACAAACAAUAGAAUUGAAUCAAGAUGGCGGCGGCGGCAGGACAAGCCCACAGGUUCGUUCUCUCAUCGGUAACAUCACUUCAACUUAUUAACUUGAUACUUGCUCUAUUGCCCUUUCGAUGUGACUUUGAAAUGGUUCAUCUGCACAGCACUGAAAGUAAGAUUGUCUGGUUCCAGAAGCACCUGAAGCCUAUGUUCGCUGUUCUCCAAAGUCAAAGUCCCUUAUUAUUCAAAUCCCACCUCGUCCUUUGCCAUCAACCGCAUGACUCAAAGUCCAGGCAGGAAACUACAAGUCAUUCCUGAUGUGCACGGCUUAUAAGCCUCUUUCCACGACUAAAGGUUACUUUGAUGUUAUUUCUGCUAUUCAUAUCUUAGGCGACCUGAACUACAUUCUUCUAAAGUCAUCUGAUCCUGCUUUACAAGCUCUCAUCAACUUCUGUAUUGCACUUAAUUUAACUCAAUUGAUAAAUCAGCCUACAAGGAUCACUGAGUCAUCUGCAACUUUGAUGAAUGUCAUCCUCGCGUCGAAUAAAAACCUAGUAAGAGAUACAAAGGUCAUAUCUGUUUCUAUUAGCGACCACUAGUUAGUUUAUGCUGUUCUUAAACUUCGGCGACAACGUCCCAGGUAGGUAUACCUUACGAAUAAGAAUUUCAAGAAUUAUCAACAUAAGUCUUUUCUCCAAGAUAUUUCUCAAGUCCCUUGGUCUGCUGUCGACUGUUUUGACAACAUCGAACAUAGCCAUAAUGCGUUCAAUCUUUUAUUCAAAGAAGUCCUGGAUGAACACACACCAAAAAAAAAAGUUGAAAUUACUGAGCCAACCAAACUUGUAUAUUACGGACAAGGUAAGAGAACUUAUGAAAAUAAGGGAGUAUUGGCGGAAGUCAGCGAGAAGAACCGGCGAUCUAGACGCUUGGAUGAAAUACAGGAGUCUUAAACGCAAAGUUAAGAGGGAAAUUAGACAGACAGAACGCGAGUCCAUAGCUGAUCAAGUAAAAGUGAUCAUGUAUUCCUAAGACGUCUACUAGCCAGAGAUCGUUUAGCGGGGAUGAUAAGACGGUAGCUGACGAGUUUAAUCGUUUCUUUACCUCGGUUGGACAUGCUGAUAAAAUUAAUUCACUCGUUUUGUCAAUGUAAUUACGACCUCUCAAAGCCAACUUUUGUUCCAUCGAAACACCUAAAGGCCAAUCAAUUCAAUUUUAAGACAGUGGAAUGCUCACAAGUUUCAGAAGUUGUUCUGUCAAUGUCAUUAAACAAGUCACUUGGGACUGAUAAAAUCCCUACUAGCGUGAUUAAAGACAGCCUCCCCGCUUCACCUACUAGCGGCAUUUUUCCGCGUGCCUAGAAGAUGGCUGAGGUUUCACCGAUCUUAAAAGAUGGCGACCACGAGGAACUAAACAAUAACAGCCCCAUCUCUCUCCUGCCCAUUCUGUCUAAGAUAUGUGAGAGAAUUUGUCUCAGUCAGCUCGUGCUAGAGUUGAAAAAAAAAAAUAAUCCGGCUACGCCGCAUAGUGGUAACAGGAAACAUCACUCAACAGAGACUUUACUAAUGCGCACUGCUGAAACCAUCCUGAGCGGCAUAGACAAAAAGAAAGUAACUGCGGUUGUCUUAUUAGAUACGGGUAAGGCAUUUGACAGCAUAAACCAUGAAGUCUGGUAAAUAAAUUGCAGUUACAGCAGUUGCAGCAAUUUUUCAGUUACGCGAAUCUGUUUUUGUUUUUAAAAGAAAAUGAAGAAAUAAACUCUUACGUGAAUUUUUUUAACUUCUUAACAUAUUGUAAUUUUUAUAGUAUUUUGUUGUAAUUUUUAUAGCAAUUGCAUCGUAAUUGUAUCCUAUAUAUUUUAGUUUGAGACGACGAAUACCGAAAAGCCCUCCUGGGGAGAGUUAAUGGAUUUUUUAUCAUAUAAACUAUGGUAUUAUACAAGGAUUUCAGCCCUGAAAAAAGGCGUAACAACUCAAGGGAAAAAAUAUUUUUUCACGUGUGUUUGACAUCGGCAAUUAGCUGCUGAUACGUCACUCGCCUUUCGCGCCACUCUGUCAGGUUUUUUUUUCACUUUUUCACACUUUUAUUUUUCAUUUUCUUACACAUUACAAGAUAUUCCUUUGACCCGCGGAUAGUAAAUGCUAAUCGAGGUGAGUCAAAUUUGUUUAUUUAUUUAUUCAUUUUUUACUGACUUCAUUUAAUUACACUGGAAAUGAAACGAAAAUGAAGGAAUAUAACAUAACAGAACAAAAAGAUACGCAAAAAAAAAAAAAAAAAAAAAGAAAAGAAAAGAAAAUAGAAAAAAAGGAUAAUGGCAGAUGUUCAUUGUAAAGGAGAAAAAAAUCCUCGCGUUUCUAAGUGUACGAAAAAUAUUGUAGAACUGGUUUAAUUUGAUUCAAUUUUGCUGUGUUUGAAUUUUAGAAUUAUCUCAUCAGACUCCAUAUAAGAAUCUUCAGUUUCUAGAAUAUUGAGAAGAGCUCUUUUUGUUUCUUUUUUGAAGGAUUUCUUUGACAAAUUUUUGUAUUCAUUAAGCAUCUCAUUCCAGACUUUGACACCAACACGCGAAAAGGCUUUUUUUUGCAUUUUAAGCCUAGAGUGCUUAACGCCAAAGAAUUGCGACUUUGAUGAGCGAAUAUUAUAUGUAUGGAUGUUUGAAGUUCUCGCAAAAAGUUUCGUGAUGUUAGAAGGUGCACUGUCGUUAUGAACAUCAAACAUUAAUUUACAUACCCCUUCAUAAUAUAAGAAAGUAACAGGCAGAAUUUUCGCAUUUACAAAUAAGGGGAUUGCAUGUUCUUUUCUAUCAACAAAGUAGAUUAGACGUGGUGCUCGCUUUUGGAGAACAACAAUUUUGUUUAGAUAGUUUUUUGACGCUUUACCCCAAGCAACGAGUCCAUAAGUUAAAUAAGGUAAAAUUAAGGAUUUAUAAAUAUUUGUGAGUACAGGUGAUAGAACAAAGUGUCUCAGCUUAGCAAUCAUUCCUAUGGUCUUACUUAUUUUAGUGAUAACAUAGUCCAAGUGGUUUUUCCAAGAAAGAUUUUCAUCGAUCAAAAAACCUAAAUACUAGAUAUAACUCUUAUGUUCCAAGCUGACUCUUUUUUUUUUUUCACUAUCAAAUAUACUUUUUCGAGGAUGAUAAAGGAUUUUAUUUUGUUUAGGGCGAAAAAUUACAAGAUUUGAUUUUUUUGUAUUCAAAGUCAAUUUAUUUGUAGUUAGCCAGUCAUGUAAAUUUUUCAGUUCAGCAUUGACCGUCUGUUCUAAAGACUUGAGGUCCUUGUCAGCAUAGAGAAUAUUAGUGUCAUCCGCAAAUAAGAAAAAGUGAAGUUUAUUGGAACAGAGGUGAAUGUCAUUUAUAUAAAGUAAAAAGAGAACCGAACCCUGAGGGACACCACAGGGAGAAAUUAGUUUAGUUGAUACGUGCGAUCCAAUUUAAGUUGUUUGCAUUCGAUUUGUUAAUUACGACUGGAACCACUCGUUGAUAAUCCCUCGAAAACCAUAAAAAUUAAGUUAUCAAGUAGUAUUUUGUGGUUGACGGUGUCAAAAGCCUUUUUUGAGAGAAAUAAUGCUUAUCCAUAUUGUUCUGUAAAGUUUCGACAAUAUCAAGGAUCGCAUGAUCUGGGGAGUGUGCCUUACAGAAGCCAUACUGUGAGGAAUGUAUUAACUUAUUUUUGUCAAUAAAGUCCUUCAUUCUGUAAUACAGUAGCUUUUCAAAUAUUCUGUUAAAACUUGACAAGAGAGAAAUUGGUCGGUAAUUAGAAGCAUCAGUCUCGUCUUCACUUUUAAAGAUAGGUGUGAUUUUGGAGAUCUUAAGUUUUGAUGGGUGAACACCAGACGUAAUAGAAGUAUUGAAGAUGUUCGAAACGACAGGAGAUAAAAUAUUGCACGAACGUUUAAAAAAUUGCGUAGGACAAGAGUAUAAACCAUACGAUUUUUUGUUUGGUAGUGAUAUAAUUUCUUGUUUAACGUCAUCUGGGGAAAUCGGUUUGGAAAAAAAGGAAGAAUCAGGUUAUUUUAAUUUCUUGAGAUAAUCCAUAUGAUUAUGGUUUGGUUUCAGGUUGAUGAAUGAACGGCGAAGCCUUCAUCAAUCUCAAUCCAAGGUCGUUUGUCGGAAUUUUUUCGGAUUAUGGCUGCUAAAACAUUAGAAAAAUCCGUAUCGCUUACAGACAGUGACGUUCAAACUUACCUGGAAGGAAAAUAAAACCAAAAUACUGAAAGAAAAACCCGAAAGUUACGUAUUCAGUAGCUUUGGUAAUGGUAUUUCGACAACUGAAAUAUUUUCCACAGGCUGACUUAUAUUGUAUUGUUUUGUAACCUCCUCCUUCUUGAAACUCUCUCCACUUCCCAUGCCCCUAGCCAGUUGAUAACUCGCGCUGGGUUGACGCGAAAGUUAUUCCUGUUAUCGUUUUCUUUCUUUUCACUUUCUUUUAACGAGGCGGCUUCUAGAGUCCUGCAGUUAGUCGCUACUUGGAUAUACGUAACGGGGAGUGAUCAGCCCGCAACAAAGUGCAGAGUUUUGUCAACGUUUCGAGGUUUUGAAGAUUUAAGAUAUGGGCACUAAAAGAAAGAAAGGAAGAAAGAAAGAGGAAAGAGGAAAAUGAAAGAAAGCGAGAAAAAAAAAAGGGAUAGGCAAGGAAAACUGCUAUCCAGUUAUUUUCUUUGGACUAGGGAAAAGAAACCAAGCUCUUAACGAACUAGAAAAUACCUAAAAGCAAGAUGUGGCUAGCUACAUCAUUAAUAGUUACGAAACUGAAACUCGAAACUGAAAGCCACGCCGACAAACAGACUUGUAGAAUUACGAAAGAUUCUGUGUUUACCAUUUAUGAUCAUAAGCUAAAACUUCGAAUAAAGGGUAUCGUCUAAUGAUUUUUUCACGCCAAUAACUUUGUUUUUCAGCAUCUUAAGAGUGAAGUAAAUCCUGCAUCCAUGCCUAGAGAUCUCAUCUGAGAUGGCGUCGUGAGAAAACGAGACUCUUUGGAUCAUAUCCAUCCAAAACCUGCAAAUCUUGAGGAACAACUCUCCAUUACGGGAACCAAAGAUCUAUUGACAGCUGCCAAUCGUCUCCUAGAUCCCACCGAAGAGUUAUGGUCAUUUUGGUUGCUAUUACAGUGGCAAUUCCGCAAUCAUCGCGGCACUGUACAUUGGAAAAUACGUUUCGGAAUACCUUAUAACAGGAAAGGUAAGUAUUGAUGUCCCUCAAUUUUUGCUAUUUAUUUAGAAGUCAACCAUAAAAAAAAACAACAUAUUUGAACAAAAGAUAGAAGUGGGUCGAAAUUCCAGCACAUCGAUGUGCCAUUGUCGAUGUCCUAGUAGUAGAAAUUAAUCAUCUCAUUUUCACAUAAAGCUUAAAGCUAGCGCAUAUAUUAAUCAAUCGAUAUAUGGACAAGACGAUAAAGUAAAUAUUCAGUUUGAUCAUGUUAAUGGUAAGCCAUUAAAGAAGGAAACACGUAGGGGCACUUUCGUCCGCGCCGUCCAAACCCUGCCAGAUUAAUUUUUCAAAUUCGACAUCAAAGCUUCGUAAAUUUAAAAAAGAAACCAAUUUCUACAAAGUAAAAAUUUAAAGCUGGCGUUUUUGUCCUCUCAUCGAUGUUAGAGUAAGAGCGUUAAGUUUAAAAUAUGCUUUGAAAAACAAAGAGGCAAGCAAUGCGUUGACAGAACAUGUACGAGCACAUAAGUGGAUGCCGUGACCGUAGCCUUUUUAAGAGACUUAAAAGCAUUCUAGCGCAAAAUUUCAAUUGUGUAGUGUUAUCUAACUGUUUGAAUUACUCAGUGGGUAACCAAGCGUGCGUUUCUUGCAACGGCUUCUAAAUACAACCAAAAGUUACAAAGUGGUCAAUAAUGAGCUGAUAACUAUUGUUCCAGUUAUUGUCCUGAUUCAUAGUUUCAUCAGUUAGCUUUAGAGUAGUAAUAAAUUAGUUCUUUUAUGGAGCCUGGGAAAAUAUCUACAUCAUUCCACCCAUUUUGAAAGGAAUCGUGUACAGUUUAAUUUUGGGAUCAUUUGCGAUCCGGACUAACUUUUUACUAAAACGUUUUUAAAACUUUUUUAAAAACUUGCUUCACUCUCAUACGCGCUUCAUAUGACAGCAGCAGGAGUUUAUACAAGUAGGCAAAUAAGCUUGCUUAGAUAUGCAUGGUAGAUACAAUGUCUAUUUUCGACCUGUACGCAAAAUGUGAAGAAACCGGAAAGGUAUCUACGAGGUGUGACAAAAGUUUUGUACAUGGGUGACAUUUUUGAGACGUUAUAUGUAAGAGUAUGUGUUGUGUAUGGUGGUCACAGAUUUAGAAAUAAAUCUACGAGCUGAGUUCUAAUAAGUUUUUCACACGAAUUUCGAUUCUUCAGUCCAAGUUAUUUUGAUGUUUUAGGCAGAAAUAUGGGAGCUCUUUAUCAUUUAGUAUCCAUCUUAAUAUUUCGUCAGUCCUUCUAUUCCUCACUUGUCGGGAACGUUUCACUUUAAUGGCGUCUUUCAAAUGUAGGGUGUCACGAUGACAAAUGGCAAGUUCACUUGAAUAAUUUGCAUUUUCCUUGUUUAGGCCGGAAAGGAGAUUUUGUUUAAAUAUUUUGUGUUCUUUAACUCUAGAUUGCACUGAAUUAUAAGUUCUUCGGACAAAAAUCAGGCCAAAACAAUGUCAUAUUUCCUCCCAAGGUUAAAGUUAAAAUAAAUGUCUUGUACGCCCUUGUCUUGUUCCUCUAUUAUGCUACAUUUUUAAACAUGUAAGCGACAUAAAUGCGAACUGUACUAGCACUGACGGCUGCCACAACUUCACCUGUAAGGAGGGAUACACUGGGGACAGACAAUCAUGCCGAGGUAUAAUCAUUGCAUUAGACUUAGCAAAUGGCAGUAUAAAGUUUCCCACAUAUAAAAAGAUUAUUUCCUUUAAAACUCAGAAAUUUGAUGUUUGUCUCUCUGUCAAGUAACGUUUUGGCACGGUUAAAGUUAAAAUUAAUGUCUUUACGCCCUUGUGUUGUUCCUCUGUUAAGCUACCUUUUUCUACAUUACUUUUGUCCCCAGGCAUCGACGAGUGCAGCACUGGAAGCUAUGUAUGUGACAUAAAUGCGAACUGUACUAACACUGACGGCUCCCAUAACUGCACCUGUAGACGGACAAUUAUGCCAAGGUAUAAUUUUUGCAUUAGACUGAGCAAAUAUCAGAAUAAAGCCUCGCGCAAAUAAAAAGAAAAACCUCUUUCCUCAAAAACUUAGAAAUAUAAUGCUUGUUUCUCUGUCAAGUAACCUUUUGGCAAUUAAUUUUUUUCACAGAUGUCAUUGAGUGUAGCGAUGGCAACCAUGUUUGCCAUGUUAAUUCCAACUGUAACAACACAAAUGGUUCUCAUAUUUGUACCUGCAAAGAAGGAUACACUGGAGAUGGACAGUCAUGUCAAGGUGAAUAAGAGUAGCCUACACUAUUUAAAACGAGCAGCUUUAAACAUAAGCUAUCGCUCAUGGAAAUUGGCCCACGUUUUAGAGACCUGUCUUCACGCACCACUAUUGUAUUUCUAUUAAAUUACCUUUUAUACAUUACUUGUGUUUCUAGAUAUGGAUGAAUGCAGCAAUGGAAGCCAUGAUUGUGACGUAAAUGCGAAUUGCACCAACACUAAUGGCUCAUAUAGCUGCACCUGUGAGGAAGGAUACACUGGAAAAGGAGAGUCAUGCCAAGGUAAAAUUAGAUUAGACUUUGAAAAAAGCAGAUUAACUGUGUAUCACAAAUAAUUGUCUUGUUAUCCAACAAACUGACUAGGAGCAAUGAGCAAGAUUUUCUUCUCGUAUUAUAUGAUAAACCGUCGAGUAAGGGAUUUAUCAUUUCACCAUUACCUGGGAUAUUUUUCUCGAAAAUGCGGCCAUGCUCGGAUCACACCCCCCCCUCCCCCCACCAAAAAUUUCCGUCUUUCUUGCACUGUCUCCACACAGGACGCUUACUACAUUGCUGAUACUAGAGGCAUGUUCUUUACUCGUUACAAAUCUUUACCAUAUCUCUCAACCGAGGAUGUUUUCCUGUAGACAUUGACGAGUACAGUGAGGAAUGAACGACUGCCAUCCUAAUGCCUCUUGCGUAAAUACCCAGGGCUCACACAACUGCUCUUGCAAUCCUACCUAUUUUGGGAAUAGUUCUAUAUGUGAAGGUAAGUUUGUUAUAUUCAGGCCUCGUGACUUGAUAAUGUACGUCUUUUUGAAUGUUAUCAAGGAGCACGCAGAGUUUGUAAUACAAAUGUUUGAUAAGUGGAGGCAUAAAUCCUUGUCGCCUAAUACGCUAAGAAAUUACUGUCACUUUUAAUUCUAUGCGAGCUUUAAUCACAUUUAACCUAUUUUGAAGGGUGAGGGGAAGGGGGUGGCUGGAGAGUUUGUUCUUGUCUUACCAGGCAAAGUUUUAGACUAAAUUAUAUGCGUAAUAAAAUAAUUUAUUAUCCGUAAAACUCACGAUAUUAUUAAAAGUCUGCAACCUUAAUGCUUCGUCAUCAUGAAAAGAUCGAUGAAAAUUUCUCUUCACUAAUGUAAUUUAACUUUGUAGGCGAUCCGUGUAAAAAAUGCAAAAACCUAAGUGAGUAUUAAAUUCUCAACGUUUCCUCUCGUAACUUAACACCGAGUCACACAACGCAUGAAUCAAUCGCUUGCUUUUUCUCAUGACGUGAGCUCGGGACGCCUGUGCGUAAAGAUAUAUGCAUAAUUGCUAAGGUGCAUUCUGCCAGCAUGGGUAACUGUGCCUACAUCGCUUAUUUCUUCUUCUUCUUCUUCCGAGUCAGUUCUCAGGUCGCCGUCAAAGUUAAUAUUCAUGUCUAAUCCAUAUCGGAGUAUUUUUUAAAAUAAUUGCAAGUUUUAGUUUCCUUUGAGUUGUGAGUUGCUUCCAAAUUCGUGUUGUGGAGGUUCCUGACUGCAUGGCAAAAAUUCAAAUAGCGUCCCUUUGUUAAAAAUGGUCCUUAUGGUUGUUCGGUUGGCUGAUGAAGCUUAUUCUCCUCGUGUGACAGGCAUGUCACGUCGGUGAAGGAUAAAUUAGCGCGGGCAAAAAAAUGCAAAGGUUUGAUAGCGGAAAUUUGUUUCCUUUUUCAUUUUUUAAUUGUUCUAGCUAGCCAAGAAUAAAGACUUUUUCAGUUUUUAGUUUCCUAAAGAACACCAUAGGUUACGUUUUUCAGCUAAUUGUUGUACGCGUGACUUAAACGCAUCACGCGAUUAAAAUUAUUGUCUUAACUCUGAAUUUAUUUGAAACAACACUUAACAGCAGCUGUAAAAACCUUUACUUCUCUGUGUAUUUAUUCUCUGCUGCUUAUGUGGAUAAAUGCGAUCAGGCUCUGAAAGUGUAAAGGGACAAUCAAUAUUCAGGUACUUAAUGUAAUAGCUUUGUAACUUUCUCCUUAACCUUUAGGAGAUAUUUAUUAUAUCCUUCUUGCGGCAAAAUAGUUGAUUUAAAGACGGUGAGCAUUUUUUUCUGUGUAUCGCAAAAUAACUUAAUUUCCGGUACAUAUGUCGAUUCUGUUGAUGAAGACGUGUUUGCUUUGUGCUCUAAUGCAAUAUUUAUUCUUCACUAUUUAUCACUGGAACGUAUAUAUAUGUUAUUUGCCGGCUGGGAGGUCCGUAUGGUGAAAAACUGUGACCGAGGUCUUGAAAAUACUGCCCGAGGCCGUAGGCCGAGGGUAGCAUUUUCAAGACCGAGGUCACAGUUUUUCACCAUACGGACCGACCCUUAGCCGGUAAAUAACAUAUUUAUUGUUUUUAAACUUGACGAAAUUCUUUCCGAAAGAACCCGAAUGAUUUAUGGCCGUGAAUACGGAAAGAUCUUCCAUAAACUGAACAAUUUUUGAGUGAGUAAAUGGUAGUUAAAAUAGAAGUGAUGCAAAUUUAAGAGAGAUACCUCAGCGAAACAUUUUCACUUCCGUAACGAUAAAGGUGAUUUAAAAGGCUUCCAAACAAACUUUGAAACAUUAUUUUUACAAGUAUCUGUCACAAUCUGACACCUGUCAAUUAGAGAGCGCGCAAGAAAAAAAAAGCGUACGAACAUUUGAAAACCAACAGAACUAGUUUGGCAAGGACUGUCACGACAAUGUUCUCUUCAAAAUCAGUUAAUGAUCUAACGGAAAGUAUUAUUCACUGUCAUCGACCAUUCAUUCAUGUUGGAAGAUUUACCUCUGUUCAUUAAGUAAACGGCGAGGAAAGUAAUUGUGAGUAAAUUCAAUUUUUUUUAUUUUGAAGUUGUGAGAGUUUGCUCGUUUGUUUGCUGUAAUGGCGUGUUUAACUCUGAUCUUUCCUUCACAAAAACUAAAUUCGAACGGCACACUCCAACGAGACACAAGGGAAUGUAAUGCGGCCUUUUCUCAAAAAAUUCCUUCAAUUUCUGUUGUGCAAUUUAAGGUACAAAUGUCCAAAUUGAACGGAAUUGGAAAGACUCACCAGGAGCGUGUAUUUGUUGUAGAACUUAAAUUAAAACUUCGCUCGCUCUUUCACUAUGAACAAAUUGCUCGAGAAAAUUCAGAUAUUAAAUGAAUGAAAGUUCCAUCGUUCAGUUUAACUGUAACCAAAUACCUCACGUUUCAACUUUCUGGGCACUUUUUGUGAACGAUUAAAAUUAAUUGCAGAAGGUUUUUAGGCCGCUUGUCAACCAACGUAAUGACACUAUUGUUUAUACAAAUUCAUUCUGAAACCAAUAUUUUUCUGUCAACCAAAGUGAUUUGAUAGAGAGAAAAGAGAGGAUUCAUAAGUUAUUUAUCGGCUUGAGGUAGUGACCGACGUGUUUGCUUAAAAAUACUGCCCAGCCGGAAAACGAGGUAUAUUUAUGAAAAAUGAUAACGAAAGUUGGGAUGUACUUGGCGACUCACGAAAGCGUUACCGUGGCCCGUGGGUAGAGAUAGGAAAAUACUGACCGGGUAAAGAACCAAUCAGAUUGCAAGAUUCGUUACCGUGCCCUCUAAAAAAACAAUAAAGUUUGUUAUUUGAUCCGUCUUGUUUCUUUAGGUUGUGUGAUAUCACCGAAAAAUGAACUCUACAAUGAACUUUCUUAGUGGUUUCACAACAGAGGAAACAUAGCACUUCUGUAAAACUGAUCAAAAUUAAUUUUCUCUCUAUAAAUAUUACUACAAUAUUGCGUAAACUGCUGACGAGAAUAAAAAACAAUCAACUUGUUAAAAUGUCAAAUGCUUUGAGAAACACAUUAAGAUUUAGUGGUAAGAUCUUCGGACUUCGGAGUGGAAAAAUCUGCAUAGGAGUGUCCACUUUGAAUUGUUGUUUUGCAUUUAAGAUAUGACGACGAAGAAAAGGAAAAAUUGGCGACUAGUUUGCAAAACCAAAAAUUUGAAAGUCAAAUGAAAACUGAGUCGGAGACAGGGAGUAGUCAGCUUGUGGAUAAUGCGGGUUCUAAAAAUUACUAACUUUCAAUUUUAAUUUUUUUUUGUCGACGUAGGCAUUUCUUUCCUCAUCAUCGAUGAAAUUAAAAAGAAAUUAGAAAAAAAAUGGAAAAAAGAAAAUACUUUGUCCACGUGUUUUUUAGGACAGCUUCUAUCGUUGUCCGUGCUUACUUAAACAAAUUCAAAACACUUUAAUCCCACGUUAAUUCGAUAGAGAUAACCAGUGAUCAUCACCAGAACAAGCAAGGAUCAACAACAUGAAUUUAGAGGAAGUUAUCGGUUGUUUCUUGUGAAUUGAGACUGGUAACAGCAUUCCCAUUGGUUGCAGUUUACGACAUAGGCAUAUAGAUUUUGACUUGACAUUUUGGAAUUACUCAAAUCCGUAAUCAUCAUUUUCUACGUACCCUUUAGUGAAAAUUAUGUGAAAUUGUUCGGUUACCGGGCAUAAAGCUAAAGGGACAUUUUAUGCGCUAACAAAUUCCUUCCUUACUUUUUUCCUUUUCGGAUUUUGCUUUUUUCUAUGAAAACUUUGGUGCAAUUAAGCAAAGUAAAUUAAUAUUGAAUACAGAAAACUGGAGAAUUCAUAUAAGUAAAGAGUAUAAACCUUUUAAUACAUUCCCCCAAAGAAAAGGAUCAUGGUAUUUCAUACGCUUAAGUUUAACAUCCUGAGAUUUAACAAACACCAUUAUAAGGUUAAUAAUUUGAAGGGAACUGUCCAAUGAGUUCCAUUGAUUAACUAUCCUAUUGUAGAAAGUUUUUUGAUUAGUGAAAGGACGCCUGACAGUAGGCACAGUCGUCAGAUAUGAUCAGGGAUUAAGUUUUGGUUAGAAAGUCUUCAUUUUGGUGCAGCAUUCUAUCAGUUGUCUAGUUAGUUUCCAAUAGUAGUAGUAAUCAGCUUUUUCUUUAAACCUAAACUAAUUUUCUUUUCUAUUUUUGUUGUAAGUGUUACUUUAACGAAAUACGCGAUUACAAUUCUCGUCCUAACUUUGAAUUUAUUUAAAACAACAAUUAACAGCAGCUGUAAAAACCUUUACUUUUCUGUGUAUUUACUCUCUGCUGCUUAUGUGGAUAACUGCGAUCAGGCUCGGAAAGUGUAAAGGGACGAUCAAUAUUCAGGUACUUAAUGUAAAGGCUUUGUAGCUUUGUCCUUUAUCCAUAGUGGUUAAUUAUUUUAUCCUUCUUGGGGCAAAAUAGUUGAUUUAAAGACGCUGAGCAAUUUUUCUGUGUAUCGCAAAAUAACUUCAUUUCCGGUAUAGAUGUCGAUUCUGUUGAUGACUACGAGUUUGUUUUGUACUCUAACAGGAUAUUUAUUCUUCACUAUUUAUCUCUGGAACGUAUAGUCUGUUAUUCGAUCCGUCUAGUUUCUUUAGGUUCCGUGAAAUGACCGAAACAUGAACAGCACUUCUGUAAAACUGAUCAAAAUUUAUUUUCUCUCUAUAAACAUAACUACAAUAUUGUGGGAACUCCUGACGAGAAUCAAGAACAAUUAACUUGUUAAAAUGUCCAAAUGCUUAGAGAAAGAUUUAGUGGUGAGAUCUUCGGACUUCAGAAUGGAAAAAUCAGCAUGGGAGCGUCCACUUGUUAGAGCUUCAGGUUGUCACUCUCUUUGAAAUGUGAUCCGAAACCAGCAAUGACAUCACGCUGUCCCAAUUACUUAGUUAAAUUCAAUGUGGAAAAUGGUCGCUGACGGGUGAUCUCAUCCCGUAUAGUGCAAUAAGAGACGAAUUGUCUAAUUUCGAAGGAAAUGUUCUCCGAGGAAACCGAAUUGUUGUGCCACAGUCGUUACGGAAAAAAAAUUCUGAAAUUAGCAUACGAGGCCCAUCAGGAAAUCGUCAAGACUAAAAAGUUCUUUGAGCUUGUCUUUUUUUGGCCUGGUAUGGAUGAUGCAACAGAGACUAUGGUGAAGAAUUAUCAAACGUGCGUUGUUAAUCAGCUUCUUAAUAAGUACACGCCGCUUCAACCAAACCUUUACCUCGUGGUCCUUGAGUAAAAGGUCCACUAAAUCUAGUUGGUCCAAUCGAUGGAAAAUCCAUUUCGACUUAUAUCGAUUAUUAUUCAUCCUAUCCGGAAGGUACGUGUUUUUCCGUACUAUGCGCGAAGCAACGAAAAAUUAAAGGAGAACUUUCGAGCAGCCAUCAGCGAAGGUAAAUCCUGGUAAAUGAAGUCGCCUAAAAAUUCAUGCGCUACAGAGCAAAUCCGCUUCAUACUAGUGGAAGACCACCUAGUAUGCUUUUGUUCAAUCGCGAACUUCGAACAAAAAAGCAUCAUCGGCACUCUAUCGCGAACAUUGGUCAAAAUCCAAUUUGUAGCAAACGCGUUCGAAGGCAUAUCACGAUAGAAGGAAACAUGCAGAACCGCAUUAUUUCAAAAUUGACGAUCUCGUACUUUGUGCCAACAAGAAACCAGACAAACUAGAUUUGAAUUUCUCUACGGCCGAGCUCGUAAUUAUUGAGACCAAAGCAAGAGACACUUUUAGUUUAGUCAAUGUGGACACGGGUACCACUUUGAGACGCGAUGCGAAGUUCCUCAAACAUGCAUCCAGUCAGCAUAUUGGUAACGACAUUGAUGUAGACAUUAGUGCUAAGACUGAGGAGUCUAUUGACCAUUCAGUGAAAAGAAAUGACCCUAUCAAAAUUACCAAGCCCUCUAGUAAGGAUCCGGAACAUUUCUCGGAUUAGAAAGGUUUUGUCAGUUAGUAGUACUAAGGCGUUAGUACACGCCUUCGUCACAUGCAGAUUAGGCAACUGUAACUCUCUGUUGUAUGGUCUUCCGAAACAUUUAGUUCAUAGAUUGCAAUCAGCCCAGAAUUGUGCGGCACGGCUGAUCUUAUGUGGUCGUAAGCAUGAUCACAUUACUCCUUUACUGAGGGAACUGCACUGGCUUCCCGUGGAGCGGAGGAUUAUUUUUAAAAUGUUAUUUUUUACUUUUAAAGCUUUAAAUAAUUUAUGCCCAAGUUAUAUCAGUGACUUGUUAGAAACUUAUAAGCCUACUAGGUCUUUACGAUCAUCGAGUAGGAACCUGUUAGUGAUUCCUCGCUCCAAGUUGAAAUCUUAUGGUGAUCGCGCCUUUUCUGUCUCUGCACCUAAGUGUGGAAUGACAUUCCUGAAACCAUAAAAUGUAGUGUAGAUCUUAACGCUUUUAAGCGUAAUCUUAAAACUUAUCUUUUUAAGGGUUAUUUUAUGAAUGAUUACGUUUGAUUAUUAUUUUUAUUUUUUACGUCAACCACUAUUCGUCAAAGUUUAAAAAUUUCUAGUCGAAGUUCCUUUCGAAAAUGGCGCGUUUCGAGUUCGACACCAUUGUUUUCAGCCCACGCUUGAAUAAAAAUGGCUGUUAAAACUAAACAAUAGCCUAUUGAGAAAAUUGAGAGGUUUUACGUGGAUUUUUUACUUCUUAACAUAAUUUUUUUCGAGGCUUGUUGUAAUUUAACAGCGACUGUAUUGUGGUUUUUAGAUGAUGAACACCAAAAAGCCUUACUGGGGAGUGUUGAUAAAUUUUAUAUUGUAUUGUAUUGUAACUUAAAAAUUUGACAAUUUUUACCAAUAAAUUCUUCUGCGCUCCUCCUCCUUCUUGAGACUCUCUCCAUUUCCCAUGCCCUUAGCCAGUUGAUGACUCGCGCUGGGUUGACGCGAAAAUUAUUCCUGUUGUCGUUUUCUUUCUUUUCACUUUCUUUUAAUGACGGCGGCUUUUAGAGUCCUGCAAUUAGUCAUUACUUACACAUACAUAACGGGGAGUGAUAAGUCCGCAAUAAAGUGCAGAGUUUUGUUUUCGAGGUUUUGAAGAUUUAAGAAGUGUAUAAUUAACUUUAGUAAAAAGGAAAAAAGGAAGCAAGGAAGAAAGAGAGAGGGAAGAGGAAAAUGCAAGAAAGCGAGAGAAAAAGGGAAAGGGAAGAGAAAACUGCUCAGUUAUUUUCUUUGGACAAGGAAAAGAAACCGAGUUCCUAACGUACUGAAAAUACCUAAGAGUAACAUGUGGCUCGAACAAUCGAGAGUCAAGGUCACGUUUAUGCAUAAAAUAUCACGCAUGACCACAUCAUUAACAGUUACGAAACUGAAACUCGAAACUGAAAGCCACGCCGACGAACAGACUUUUAGAAUCACGAGAGAUGCUGGGUUUACCUUUUUUGGUCAUAAACUAAGACUUGGAGUGUAGGGAAUCAUCUGCCUGAUGAUUUUUUUCACGCAAGUAACUUUGUUUCUCAGCAACUUAAGAGUGAAGUAAAUCCCGCAUCCACGCCUCUCUCAUUUGAGAUGGAGUCGUCAGAAAACGAGACUAUCUCUUUGGGUCAUAUCCAUCCAAAACCUGCAAGUCUUGGAGAACAACUCUCCAUUACGGGAAGCAGAGAUCUAUUGACAGCUGCCGAUCGUUCUUGUAGAUCCUACCGAAGAGCUAUGGUCAUUCUUGUUGCUAUUGCAGUGGCAAUUUCUGCAAUCAUCGCGGCAGUGUUCAUCAGAAAAUACGUUUCGGAAUACCUAAGUGAUGAUAACAGGAAAGGUAAGUAUCAGAUGUCACUCAAUUUUCGCUAUUUAUUCAGAAGUCAACGAUAAAAAAACAACAUAUUUGAACAAAAGAGAGAAGUUGGUCGAAAUUUCAGCACAUCGAUGUGUCAUUGUCGAUGUCCUCAGUAGUAGAAAGUGAUCAUCUCAUUUUCACGUGAAGCUAAAAGCUAACGGACAAAAUUAAUCAAUAGAUAUAUGGACAAGACGAUAAAGUAAGUAUUCAGUUUGAUAAUGUAAAUGAUAAGCAUUAAAGAAGGAAACAUGUAGGAGCACUUUCGUCCGCGUUGUCCAAACCCCGCCAGAUUUAUUUUUCAAAUUCGAUAUCAAAAGCUUCGUUAAUUUAAAAAUACCAUUCUAUAAAAAAGUCAUAAAGCUGGCGUUUUUGUCCUCUCAUCAAUGUUAGGGUAAGAGCGAUAAGUUUUAAAUGUGCUUUGGAAAUCAAAGAGGCAAGCGAUCCGUUGAUAGAACAUGCACGAGCACAUAAGUAGCUGCGAGGCUACUUAGGAGCACUUAAGACUUAAGAGCAUUCCAGCGGAAAAUUUCAAUUGUAUAAUAUUAUCUGCCUGUUUGAAUUACUCAGUGGGUACCAAGCGUGCGAGAAUGAUGAGCAGAUAGCCAUUGUUCCAGUUAUUUUCUUAACACAUAGUUUCAUCAGUUAGCUUUAGAUUAGUGAUAAAUUAAUCCUUUAAUGGAGCCUGGGAAAAAAAUCUACAUCAUUCCACGUAUUUUUACAGGAAUCAUGUACAGUUCAAUUUUUGGAUCAUUUGCGAUCCGGAUUAACUUUACUAAAAUUGUCUUAUAACUUUUUCUUAAAAUAAUAAACAGCGCUGCACGAAAUGAAAUACUAAAAACUUGUUUUAUGCUCCUACGCGUCUUAUCUGAUAGCAGCAGGAGUUUAUACAAGUAGGCAAAUUAGCUUGCUCAGAUACGCAUGGUUAAUAAGAUGUCUAUUUUCGACUUUUAAUCAAAGAGCGAAGCAAAAGUGUGACAAAAGUGUUGUACAUGCGUGACAUUUUUAAGACGUUACAUAUAAGAGUACGUAUUUCAUGAUGGUGGUGACAGAUUAAGAACUAAAUCUAUGAGCUGAGUUCUUGCAAGUUUUGCACACGAAUUUCGGUUCUUGAGUCCAUGCUGUUUUGAUGUAGGAGGUAGAAAUAGCAGCUCUAAUUUCACUUUAAUGGCGUCUUCAAUUGUAGGGUGUCACGAUGACAAAUGGCAAGUUCACUCGAAUAAUUUGCUUUUCCUUGAUAAUUUAUUACUUAUAUGGCGCAAAAUACAUGUGGAUAUGAUCUAAUGCGCUUGUGUAGGCCAGAAAGGAGAUUUUGUUUUGAUAUUUUGUUUUCUUUAACUCUAGAUUGCACUGAGCUAUAUGUUCUUCGGACAACAAUCAGGCCAGACCGAUGUCAUAUUUCCUCCCAGGGUUAAAGUUAAAAUGAAUGUUUUCACGCUCUUGUGUUGUUCCUCUUUUAAGCUACCUUUUCCUACAUUACUUGUGUCCCCAGGCAUCGACGAGUGCAGCACUGGAAGCUAUGUAUGUGACAUGAAUGCGAACUGUACUAACACUGACGACUCUUAUAUCUGCGCCUGUAAGGAAGGAUACACUGGAGACGGGCAUUCAUGCCAAGGUAUAAUCACUGCAUUCGACCUAGCAAAUAGCAGAAUAAAGUUUCUCAAAAAUAAAAAAAAACACUCUCUCCAUUAAACUUAAAAAUUUAAUGUUUGUCUCCGUGUCAAGUAACGUUUGUCAAUUGAUUUUUGUUCACAGAUGUCAAUGAGUGUAGCAAUGGCAACCAUGUUUGCCAUGUUAAUUCAAACUGUAACAACACAAAUGGUUCUCAUAUUUGUACCUGCAAAGAAGGAUACACUGGAGAUGGGCAGUCAUGUCAAGGUAAAUAAGAGUAGCCCACACUAUUUAAAAUAAGCAGCUUUGCUCAUAAGCUAUCGCCCAUAAAAUUAGCCCUGAUUUUAGAGGCCUGCACAGAAAAAGUGAGGAUGUUACGGUGACACUAAGGGCAGUGUAAUUAUAGACCAUAUUGGUGUUGACACGACACCAACCAGGUGUAAUUAGAACAUUACACCAGGUUAGUGUUAAGUAACACCAACUAAAGUACUAUAUAACACCUUGCUGGCAUUUUUUAACCCUUUCGCUAUGUAAAGAAAUCCCCUGCAAGGGUUCAAAACCACCGGUUUAUAAAGUCACACUGAGUGGUGUAAGUGUGUGCAAUUCAGUGUUAAAAUAACACAAGUGUGAAAUGUCUUAGACGCUGGGUUUUCUUUUUCAAACAGAUCUGAAGUAGAAUAAUGACGUAUAGCCUGAGAAAUCACAAAAAUAUUCUUGACAUGUCUUUCAUAUCCUUUUAUAGUGAAAGUAUGUCAGUUAUGUGAAUCUGUUGUUGUCAGCCGGUGAAAAUCUACCGUCGCCUGCCAAAAGGAGAAUCCUGAAAAGGGUUAAUUUUCUCCAGAGAGGCGAUUCCGAAGACACGUUGUUUAAGUAUGCCGUGAAGUUGUCAUUUGUGUCACGUUGACUAAGAAUCUCAGACUACAAGUAAGCUAAAAUACUUGAAGUAUAAGUUGACAAAAAAGCGUUCAUUGAUCGAUGCUGAAUUUUGUAGUAAGAAACUUUACCAAUGAAAACGUGUAUUGUACGAGUUACGCCCAAAUAUUUAUAUUAUUGCAGACAUAAAAAGUAGAGGAUGGAGUGUAUUGCCUUGUCAUGGGGAUGAUCAUCGCGAUGACCUAUCAACGCUAAGGCAAACGAGUUUUAACUAACUAAGCGCCGCAUCGGCCGGUCGAAAAAUUUAACAAACGCCGCGGCACUUUAACGGGUAAAUAUGUGGUAAUAAAAAUUUUUUUGUAUUUUUUAACAUCGCAUCAUAGUAUCAUUGCCUGAAUUAACAAUUUCUUGGCGUUUUUCGGAGUUUUGCUGCAAAAUUCUCCACUGCGUUAAGAAAAAUCUCUGAGGAGCGCUGGUUCGACAAUCAAUAGGACUGUAUCUUUCCGAUUUCUUGCGUUUAUUUACGAUCCACAGUAUCCGAACUCUCUACAUUCAAUCGUUCUCCAGUCUUCUGUUACAAGAUAAUGAUUCUAUUUAUCUGCUAUUACAACGGAAACACACGCCCGAACUACGCAAAUCCAAGACUGACAUUACUUAUUCGUGAUUUACUAAAAUCCCAAGCUAUUUCCUGUCAACUUGAUUUUAACAGCUGUUUCUCAUUAUAGACCGAUCAACACUUCUGUAAUUUACACCCGCACGCAAUAUUUGCUGCACGAACGACACAUCACGCAACGUCACAGGAUGUUCCACCCCAAACGGGCACGCAGAAUUUCCCUUGACAAUUCCUUAUUUAAUUAUUUCAGACCAUUAUUGAUUUUCUCUAUCACGAACAUUCUCACUACAAGUCUGCCAUUACCGUGCUACGUUCAAUUAUACACUUAAAUCUUAAGUAACCCAACUGUCAUGAAACCCUGAGCUUAAUUACUAAGUUAGAAAAUAAAGUGUCACGCGAUACGCUUACAAGAUUAUCACAACAAGUUUCUUAUCACCCGCAGUCUUCUCGUCCAAUCAGAGAAUAGCGAGGAAGAGUUGAAAGUGACGGGUGUUGGUUUAGAGAAUUCACAUCGUUGUCGGACAGUUCAAACGGACACUCUAAAUUUUAGGGAAGUCAAUUUGCUCCGCGAUCUAGGUAUUUUUACGGACAGAAAACACUUUAGGAAUAUGAAUUCAGUUAUUUUUUUCUCGUGAUGGUGUGAUGGAAUGGAUGAAGAAAGAGGAUUUCAAGGAUUUGUCGAUGUCUUCUUUGGUAGGCCGAUGUUCUAGUUACGUUUCAUGAAGUUUUUACAGGCCAAGGCAACUCCAAACUGUUACCAGUAAGGACGUUUGAUGUAGAUGUACUCCAGAUAACUUUUCACUUGUUUGAAGAUACGAAUUCAAACGACUGUGCAAUUACUCCAGGAAUGAUUUGCUUGAAAUGCACCGUGACACUUACGUAUCUUCUCCACAAACCGAAAAUACAGUUUUGGCGCCAAAUGACAAUCACAUUGAUGGUUAUGGAUACUUUCUUUUCAAGUUCUUAUCUUCUUUGCUUGUUUUGCUUCUUUUUCUGUUUGGUUUUUACUUUUUCUUGAACAUCAAGAGACGAGUUAGUUGAUGGUGAAGCUUUAUUCUGCAUGAACGAAGACACAGUCUGAAAAGCCUCGUGCCCUCAGCGGCUGUCCGUGCUAAACUACUUGUCAAGAUCGAAAAGCUCAAAGCGAGCGAGCAGUCGUCGUUUCCGUUGCCCGGAGAGACCAUUGAGAUUGCGGAGAAUGAACCACUUAUGCACGGUACACCAACUUGCAGCAAAAACCUGGACGAUUCAAACGAUAUAGCUCUGGCGAAGAAAGGUAACGAUUUAUAGUUGACUAAAAACUAACUAGAGUACAAACUGCCUGAGUCAACAUGACCGUAACAGAUACAUGACGCAAUAUUCCAAUUAAGUUCUGCUCUAUAUCUAAGGCAUAUUAGGUGACAAGACAAAGAGCACCGUUUGCGGUUCGUCUUUUCAAUUUUGUAUAUUCGCGAUUUAACUUGUUCCUUUAAAGGCAAGAUUUGUGCAAUAUUUCGUAAUAACGCUCAUUGUGCUGACGUAGGAACCAUUUUCAGGCAUAGAGUUUUAAAAAUUCCCUUAAAGUAGCACUCCGCUGCUCUAGGAACUAUAUCAAUUAAUCACUCCUUCAUUUUACAAAUUUACUGACAGUUUUUCUAUAGCCUGAAUGUCUACUUACCUUAGACUAUUUUCACUGUAACUUCUGGUUAACUUUCACCGAUUUCAAGUUUCCCUUCUAUUUUUGGAGUAUGAUUGAACAGAAUUUCUAUGGUCACUGUUAUCCCCAGCCAUUCAGUCAUGUUGUGGACUUCCAUAGUUAUGUAAAGCGGAUUUUCCGCUUUUUACUAGCUCCAAAGUUGAGUGGAUUAAAUAUUUAAUACCGCUCAUUACUUGGAACGUGAAGAGAACCAGCAAGGGAUGACAAGUGGCUAACAAAAAAAAAACAACAAAAACAACAAAAACAAUUUUUCUUCCAUGUUUCUUUUGAAGUGGAACUGUUCAAGACAAAACUUGGAUAAGAUCCAUGGAGGCAAAAUGACGCCAGAGAUUAGCUAGAAAUAAGAGAAAACGGACAGAAAAAAGGAAACUGGAGAAAAAUACAAAAGAAAGGCAGCAGAAGAGAAAUUGCUUUACACCGAAAAAAAGGAGGAUAAAUUUUACCAAAUGUGGCGCCAAGUAGAGCGAGAAAAAGAAAAAUCACUUCAGUCCCAAAUGUCUCUAGAAAAGGAAUAAAGCGAUAACCGUUCAAAGGGUGUUGUUCCCAUUAAAACACUACUGGAUAUUCCCGGGGAAAUUUUAAAUUUGGAUUGCAUGAUUCAAAUACUACCUUGGGAUAAGGAAAGUUUGGCCAAGUAACACUUGCCUCCUACUAAGGGUUACCUGUUGCUGAGAAGCAGUUCAAUGCUGCUGUCUUACAAGCAGAAAUAGAACAUGAGGCAAACAUUGUUUCUUCUUUCAAGCACUUAAAUCUACUAGUUUUCUUUGGAGUUUCUUGUCCGGAAAAGCCUUAUCUGCUUGUCUUACAAUUCUAUAGAGCGGCAGGCAAAGCAUUCACUAUAAAAGACUGCCUUAACUAUAGAAUAAGUGACUGAUACAGAUUUGUUUCCUUAUUUUAUUCUGUAGAAUGCUCCUGAAGCAAAAAAAGUGGCCGGGCAGGCAAGGACAGGAAUGCCUCCCUUCAUCAUAUUUGAGGGGAAAUUAUGCUCCCCAGACAUUAUCUUUAUCAGUGGGGAGCAGGAGCUCUUAAUAAAGAUAAAUGGGGGGCACACAGAGGCGCCGAUUACUUUAUUAUUGUUGUAUUUAUUGUGUUAUGUGUAGUAUCCAAAAGAAUGUGUAAAUGUACAUCUCUCCUUGCAGAGAUACAUUUUAAAAGUUUAUGAUAGUGCAAGACUGCCCAACAAAUUAUUGCAAUUUCUGAACGAACAAAACUGCUAAGGCUUUAUUUUUUAUGUUUCGUUGGUGAGUUUGAGAUUGAAAAUAAUAAAGGUGAGAACAAGAGAACCCCAUCGCAUUCAAAUGUCUUCGUAGCUUUGGAGUUAAUUUCACUAUUAAGAGUGUUACUACAACACAUAGGGUGUUGUUUUAUAACACUAGUGGAAGUGCUGAUUUACACCAAUUGAGUGUAAAAUUCAUAACAGUGUAAAAUCACCUCGUCUUGGUGUUGGCACAGCUGCAAGGCAUUUUACACCAAUUCAGUGUCAAGAAACACUUAGAGUUAAAGUACACUAAAACAGUGAUAAGUCAGCACCAUUGUGGUGUAUAGUUACACUUCAGUUACAUGACAUGAAAACGAAUUUACACCACGUUGGUGUAAAAGAACACCGUUUCAGCGUUGAUGAAACACCAAAAUGGUGCUCACACAGCUGCAUAAAUUUACACUUUUUUGGUGUCACCAUAACACCUUGACUUUUUGUGUGUGUUUUCACGCAAACCUAUUGUAUUUUUUUAAAAUUACCUUUUAUACAACACUAACGUUGCUAGAUAUCGACGAAUGCAGCAAAGGAAGCCAUGAUUGUGACGUAAAUGCGAAUUGUGCAAACACUAAUGGCUCCCAUAGCUGCACCUGUAAGGAAGGAUACACUGGAAAAGGAGAGUCAUGCCGAGGUAAAAUUAGAUUAUGAUUUUCACGCCCCGACCUCGUAUUUCUAUUAAAUUACAAGUUUCAUCAUAUGCAUACAUUCACAUUUUUCGAUGCUGUAGAAUAUAAUACACGCGGAUAUGCAGUCUUGCCAAUUUAGAGUAGAACAGCGGUACUUGAUGUUGAGCAAAGCAGCUUUCCAUGACAAGUAUCGUCUUUGUAACUGAGGUUAUGAUCAUGAGGCAGCGUGAUGAUUUUCACGCCCCGACCUCGUAUUUCUAUUAAGUUACGGGUUUUAUCAUAUGCGUGCAUUAACAUUUUUCGAAAGUCUAAAAUAUAAUACGCGCGGAUAUUUUACCAGCUAGAUGUUAAACAUGUAUCUUGCGGGGUUUAUUCGCUCUUUUCGACUUAGAGACAGGGAAGAUUAUGAACACUCAGGCUUAAGAUGCCUUUUCUCAAGUAUUUAGAGGUAUUUUGAUAUUUUUUGCCAGCUGUCAGUAUGUUGUAUUAUUUCUAUCGAGAAGGGAAAUUUGUAUGGUUUUUAUCUUUCAUGAUCGAUUUAUAAACCAUUGUCUGUUUGACAAUUAAAUGUUAUAAAAGAGGAUUAACUCUCCUUACGUACAUGCAAACUAUACAAUAAACUUAAUACAUCACGUAAAGUCUGCCCGUACGGUAUAUGAACGAUCGUUGCUUUAUAUCAAAAAUCUUACUCGUUUGCGUUCACUCGCUCGACUUCCGAUACUAUGUACUAUAAGAUAUCGAUGAGUGCCUCAGUAGAAGCCAUGCUUGUGACGUGACUGCGAAUUGUACCAACACUGACGGCUCCCACAACUGCACCUGUAAGGAAGGAUACAUUGGGGACGGACACUCAUGCCAAGGUAUAAUCAUUAAAUUAGACUAAGCAAAUAACAGAAUGAAGUUUCCCACAAAUAAAAAAAAUCUCUUUCGUUAAAAACAGAAAUUUGAUGUUUGUCUCUGUCAAGUAACGUUUUUCAAUUCAUUUUUGUUCACAGAUGUCAAUGAGUGUAGCGAUGGCAACCAUGUUUGCGAUGUUAAUUCGAACUGUAACAACACAGAUGGUUCUCAUAUUUGUACUUGCAAGGAAGGAUACACUGGAGAUGGACAGUCAUGUCAAGGUGAAUAAGAAUAGCCUACACUUUUUAAAACAAGCAGCCUUGCACAUAAACUAUCGCCCAUGGAAAUUAACCCACAUUUUAGAGACCUGUUUUUACGCACCACUCUCAUAUUUCUAUUGCGUUCCCUCUGAUACAUCACUUAUGCUUCUAGAUAUCGAUGAAUGCAGCAAUGGAAGCCAUGAUUGUGACGUAAAUGCGAAUUGUACAAACCUUAAUGGCUCCCAUAGCUGCACCUGUAAGGAAGGAUACACUAGAAAAGGAGAGUCAUGUCAAGGUAAAAUUAGAUUAGACUUAGAAAAAAAGUAGAAUAACUGUUCAUUACAAAUAAUUUCCUUGUUAUCCGACAAACUGGGUAGACUUUUUUUUUCUCUAUUCAGUUAUCAUUUGCAAGUCUAUUGUGUUCACAGAUAUUGAUGAAUGCAACGGUGAUAGUCAUGUUUACAUGAUUCAGUUUGGUCAUGUAAAUGGUGAGCCAUUAAAGAAGGAAACAAGUAGGAGCACUUUCGUCUACGUUGUCCAAACCCUGCCAGACUGAUCUUUGUCCAAACCCUGCCAGACUGUUCCUUCAAAUUCGAUACCUUAAGCUUCAUAAAUUAAAAAAAAUACCAAUUUCUACAAAAAAACGUAAAGCUAGCGUUGUUUGUCUUCUGAUAUUAGAGUAAGAACGAUAAGCUGGAAAAAUGCUUUGAAAUAAAAGAGGCAAGCGAUUCAUUGACAGAACGUGCACGCGCACACAGGUAGCCGCGAGGCCGUGACAGUAGCCUAUUUAAAAAACUUCAGAGCAUUCCAGUGGAAAAUUUCAAUUGUAUAAUGUUAUCUGUCUGUUUGAAUUACCCGGUGGGGUGUUUUGCAAGUAUGUGGCUCUUAUAACAAAUGAAGUUAUCCCAAAAAAAUACAUCCAAAAGUUGCAAAGUAGUCAAUGAGAGCGGAUGUAAUUAUCUGUGUGGUUAAAUAGCUUUAGGAGGGGUUUUACAAGCGUUCAUGUCUUACAACAGUGAAGUGCGCUCCUGAAUACAACCAAAAGUUACAAAAUGGUUAAUAAAGAGCAGAUAACUAUUGUACCAGUUAUUGUCUUAAUACAUGGUUUCAUCAGUUAACUUCAGAUUAGUAAUAAAUUAGUCCUUUUAUGGAGCCUGGGGAGAAAAAAACAUAAUUUCAAUUUUGGGAUCAUUUGCGAUUCGGACCAACUAUUUACUAAAACAUCUUAAAAACUUUUUCUUAAAAUAAUAAACAGCACGGCACGAACUGAAAUACUAAAAACUUUCUUCAUUCUCCUACGCGACUCAUCUGACAGCAGCAGGAGUUUAUACAAGUAGGCAAAUAAGCUUGCUUAGAUACUCAUGGUUAAUAACAUGUCUGUUUUCGACCUUAAAGCAAAGCGUGAAGCAAGCGAAAAGGUAUCUACGAGGUGUGACAAAAAUGUUGUACAUGCGUGAUAUUUUUGAGACGUCACAUAUAAGAGUACGUGUUGUUUAUGGUGGUCACAGAUUAAGAACUAAAUCUACGAGCUGAGUUCUUGUAAGUUUUGCACACGAAUUUCGGUUCUUGAGUCAAUGCUAUUUUGAUGUAGAAGGCAGAAACAGCAGCCUUAAUUUCACUUUACUGGCGUCUUUCAAUUGUAGGGUGUCACGAUGACAAAUGGCAAGUUCACUCGAUUAAUUUGCUUUUCCUUGUGUAGGCCAGAAAGGAGAUUUUUUAAUUUUGUUUUGAUAUUUUGUUUUCUUUAACUCUAUAUUGCACAGAAUUAUAAGUUCUUAGGACAACAAUCAAGCCCGAACGAUGUCAUAUUUCCUCCCAGGGUUAAAGUUUAAAUGAAUGUUUUCACGCUCUUGAGUUGUUCAUCUAAUAAGCUACCUUUUUCUACAUUACUUGUGUACCCAGGGUUCGACGAGUGCAGCGCUGGAAGUUAUGUAUGUGACAUAAAUGUGAACUGUACUAACACUGACGACUCUUAUAUCUGCGCUUGUAAGGAAGGAUACACUGGAGACGGGCAUUCAUGCCAAGAUAUAAUCAUUACAUUUGACCCAGCAAAUAGCAGAAUAAAGUUUCUCAAAAAUAAUAAAAAAAAAAAUCUUUCCAUUAAAACUUAGAAAUUUGAUGUUUUCUCUCUGUCUAGUAACGUUUUGGCAAUUAAUUUUUGUUCACAGAUGUCAAUGAGUGUAGCAAUGGCAACCAUGCUUGCCAUGUUAAUUCGAACUGUAACAAUACAAAUGGUUCUCAUAUUUGUACUUGCAAGGAAGGAUACACUGGAGAUGGACAGUCAUGUCAAGGUGAAUGAGAGUAGCCCACACUAUUUAAAAUAAGCAGCUUUGCUCAUUAGUUAUCACCCAUGAAAAUUAGCCCACAUUUUAGAGGCCUGUUUUUACGCUCCACUAUCGUAUUUCUAUUAAAUUACCUUUUAUACAUCACUAACGCUGCUAGAUAUCGACGAAUGCAGCGAAGGAAGCCAUGAUUGUGACGUAAAUGCGAAUUGUACAAACUCUAAUGGCUCCCAUAGCUGCACCUGUAAGGAAGGAUACACUGGAAAAGGAGAGUCAUGCCAAGGUAAAAUUAGAUUAGAUUUUGAAAAAAGGAGAAUAACUGUUCAUCACAAAUAAUUGUCUUGUUAUCCAACAAACUGUUUAACAUUUUUUUCUCUAGUCAGUUACCCUUUGCAAAUAGAUUGUUUUCAUAGAUAUUGAUGAAUGCAACGAUGAUAGCCAUGUAUGUGAUACUAAUGCUAACUGUACUAACACUAAUGGUUCUCAUAAUUGCAUCUGUAAGGAAGGAUACAUUAUAAAUGGAGUCUUGCCAAUGUAUAUUAGAACAGCGGUACUUGAUAUCGAGCGAAGCAGCUUUCCAUAACAAGUAUUGUCUUCGUAACUGAGGUUAUGAUCGAGAAGUAGCGUGAUGAUUUCUAUUAAGUUACGAGUUUCAUCAUAUGCAUACAUUCACAUUUUUCAAUGUUUUAGAAUAUAAUACGCGCGGAUAUUUUGCAAGUUGCUCGGUAUUUUUCUGAGUGCGGAAGGAAACAGGAUAAUUUUGAGCAAUGAGCAAAAUUUCUUCUCAUAAUAUAUGAUAAACCAUGGAAUAUGAGAUUUAUCAUUUCACCAUUACUUGGGAUAUUUUUCUCGAAUAUGCGGCCACGCUCGGAUAACCACCUCCAACCCCCCGCCCUUCUCCUCCCUCACUUUUUUAAAUAGUAUAGAUACGAGGAAAAUCUGUUUCUGCUGCCACACUUUUUUUUUUAACUUUUCAACUUUCAACGACAGCGCAAUCGGUAGAGCAGAAUAAUUUUAUUUUCAAUUUCGGAUUUUUCUAUCUUCAUGUGCUUGCAGAGUAUUUUUUAUGUAUUAUCUAUUAUUUUGAUUUUAUGUCCUAUUGCUGAGGUAACUUGAGAAGCACUCCUCUCGACUAAUCGACAAAGCGCCCACCCUACAAAUAAGUGCCCCCUCCCCCUCUCAUUUUUAGCCUGAAUUUUAAAUAGGCGCUCGAUUGCUCCUUGAAAAUGUCUAUUAUUUCAAUUAUUAAAGUACACACAAUAUCGCCCGAGGAACUUAAUAUGUAUCUUAUGGAGUUUAUUCGCUCUUUUCGACUUAAAGACAGAGAAGAUUAUGAAUCCUCAGGCUUAACAUGCCUUGUUUCAAGUAUUGAGAGGUAUUUUGUUAUUUUUUGCCAGCUGUCAGUAUGUUGCAUUAUUUCUAUCGAGAAGGGAAAUUGAUGUGGCUUUUAUCUUUCAUGAUCGAUUUAUAAACCAUUGUCUGUUGGCAAUUAAUUGUUAUUAAAGAGGAAUUUACUCUUCUUAUGUACAUGUAAACUAUAUAAUAAAUCUAAUACAUUACGUAAAGUCUGUCCGCAAGGUAUGUAAAGAAUCGUUGCUUUAUAUCAAAAAUCUUUCUCACUUGGUGCGUUCACUCCCUCUGUUGUGGUUCUUUUUUAAAAGAACAGGAGGCGUAGAUUGCAAGACACACACACGUUUUAUUCCGAAGCAAGAAGAACACUAAACUAAAUCACACGUGAAUAAUGAUCAAUGCCUAUAUUUUAUAUGCGGUGACCUAGGUACUAAUAUGAUGACUGCUGGCCGGAAACGGAGGCUAGCCAAUAUGAUGACACUUUCGAUUUCGGAUACUACGAGCUCGCGCGUAAAUACCAUACAGGCAGACUUUGCAUGAAGUAUUUUAUAUCUAUAUCAUUUCUACUACCAGAUAUCGAUGAGUGCCUCAGUGACAGCCAUGUUUGUAACGUGACUGCAAAUUGUACCAACACUGACGGCUCUCACAACUGCACUUGUAAGGAAGGAUACACUGGGGAUGGACAGUCAUGCCAAGGUAUAAUCACUGCAGUAGACUAAACAAAUAUAAAAAAAUAUAUUUCUUCAAAAACUUAGAAAUCUGAUGUUUGUUUCUGUCGAGCAACGUUUUGGCAAUUCAUUUUUGUUCUUAGAUAUCAAUGAGUGUAGCGAUGGCAACCAUGUUUGCGAUGUUAAUUCAAACUGUAACAACACAGAGGGUUCUCAUAUUUGUACUUGCAAGGAAGGAUACACUGGAGAUGGACAGUCAUGUCAAGGUGAAUAAGAGUAGCCCACACUAUUUAAAACAAGCAGCUUUGCACAGAAACAAUUGCCCAUGGAAAUUAGCCCUCAUUUUAGAGACCUGUUGUCACGCACCACUCUCGUAUUUCUAUUACCAUACUUUUUGUAUAUCACUUAUGCUUCUAGAUAUCGACGAAUGCAACAAUGGAAGCCAUGAUUGUGACGUAAAUGCGAAUUGUACAAACACUAAUGGCUCCCAUAGCUGCACCUGUAAGGAAGGAUACUCUGGAAAAGGAGGGUCAUGUCAAGGUAAGAUUAGGUUAGACUUUGAAAAAAAGUAGAAUAACUGUUCAUCACAAAUUCUAUUCAGUUACCCAUUGCAAAUCUAUUGUGUUCACAGAUAUUAAUGAAUGCAACGAUGAUGUUUGUGAUGCUAAUGCUAACUGUACCAACACUAAUGGUUCACAUCAUUGCAUCUGCUAGGAAGGAUAUAUUAGAGAUGGACAGUCUUGCCAAUGUAGAUUAGAACAGCGAUACGCAAAACACCUUUCCAUAACCAGAAUUGUCUUCGUAACUGGGCUAAUGAUCAAGAGGCAACGCAAUGGUUUUCACGGCCCGACCUCGCAUUUCUAUUAAGUUACGGAUAUCAUAAUAUGCAUAGAUACACAAUUUUCUAAUAAUGCGUGCGGAUAUUUUACGAGUUGCUUGGAGUGUUUCCGAGCCCAGAAGGGAAGAGAAUAAAAGAAGGCAAUUAGCAAGAUUUUUUCUCUUACCAUCGAAUAAGAGAUAUAUCAUACCACCAUUACCUAGAAUAUUUUUCUCGAAUAUGCGGCUACGCCCGGAUAACCACCCCCACCAACCCCUCUACUCCCUCAGUUUUUAAAUAGUAUAGGUACAGGGAAAAUCUGUUUCUAUUGCGACAUUUUUUUGUAUAACUAUUCAACCUUCAACAACAGCGCAAUCAGUACAGCAGAAUAAUUUAUUUUCCAUUCGAAAUUUUUCUAUGUUCAUGUGCUUGCAGAGUUCCUUUAUGUAUUAUGUAUUAUGUAUUAUGUAUUAUUUUGAUUUUAUGUCCUAUUGCUGAGGUAACUUGAGAAGCACCCCUCUCGACUAAUCGAUGACGCACCCCCCUACAAAUAAGUGCCCCCUCCUCUCCCCCCCCCCUCAGUUUUAGCCGAAAUUUUCGAUAAGCGCCCAGGCGCUCAUUGAAAAUGUCUGAUAUUUCAAUUAUUAAAGUACACACAAUAUCGCCUGAGGAACUACACAUGUAUUUUGCGGAGUUUAGAGAAUAUUAUGAACCCUCAGGCUUAAUAUGCCUUGUUUCAAGUUCUGAGAAGGGAAAUUUUUAUGGUUUAUAUCUUUCAUGAUCGAUUUAUAAACCAUUGACUUAAGUCUGUUGAACAAUUAAUUGUCAUUAGAGACAAAUUAACCCCCUUUAUGUAAAUGUGAACUAGAUAAUAAACCUAGUACAUCAUAAAGAGUCUGUCAUACAUGAAAAGAUGCAAUGUGAUUUACAACUUUAGACAUGGCAGGUGGAGUGAAAUUAAAAAAUGAACAAAAUUUACCUGGAGAAUCGUUAUUCUCAUGGCCAAAUCCAGUCCUGUGAAUGAAAUACAUCUAGUGGCUACGUAUGUAUUGACCUCCAUGUUGUGAAUUGUGCCGAUCAGUAUUGAACUGAGACAUGAGAAGCGGCUGUGUUCACAGGCUAGAAACUGCACUUAUGUUAGUAAACUUGCGCGUUACAAAUCUUUCCUAUCUCUAUCAACUGAGGACGUUAUCUUCUAGACAUUGAUGAGUGCAGUGAGGAUUUUGUCGUCAAGAUGAACGACUGCCAUCUGAAUGCCUCUUGCGUUAAUACCCAGGGCUCAUACAACUGCUCUUGCAAUCCUACCUAUAUUGGGAAUGGUUCUCUAUGUGAAGGUAAGUUUAUUAUUUUAAGUCUUCGUAACUUCAUAAUGUACGUCUAGUUAAAUGUUACCAAGGAGCGUGCAGUAUUAUUAGUAUUAUUGUUAUUACUAUUACUAUUACUAUUAUUAUCAUUAUUAUUACUAUUUAACUUAAAUUUCUACAAUAUUUUUCGUACACCUAGAAACUCAAGAAAUGAACUUCUUAUAUUUUUCCUCUUUUUAUUUAUUUCUUUUUUAAUUCUAUAUCAUUUCCAGUGUAAUUUAAUUAAGUUAAAGUAAAAUUGACCCCUCCCUGUUUAGCAUCUGCUAUCUUUGGGUCAAAGGAAUGUGUUUUAUAUAUAUAAAUAUAUAUAUGUAAAUGUGGAGGUAGAGUCUACCAUGGCGUAAAGUGCUCAAUGUUGCGGUAGCAGAGCUAAGUAUACAUAAGUUAAAGAAUUAAAGAGGACGCAUCGAUUCUCUGUUACUCUGAUUAUUCGAAUAAAGUUUUGCCUGACGAGCGCUUAGGCGGAAACUCAGAUUAACAGAGAAUCGAUGCGUCUUCUUAAUUCUUUAACUUACGUAUAAAUAUAUAUAUAUGAUGAUAUCAAUAUAUAAAUGAUGGUGAGAUGAAAGUGAGAAGUCCAUAGCUUCAAGUGAUUCCUUUGAGCUACGUUAUGAUAAAAAAGAUGAUAAGAUUUCCCUUUCACAAUUAUUGUUGAAUUUUUUAGCCGAUCCAUGUUAUAAUUACCGCAACCUAAGUGAAGCUAACAGAAAAAGCAGUUACGUCACACCGCAUGAUUUAAUGUUAUGUGACCACUCACUCCCUGAGGGAUGGUAUCGUUUUGUGGGAGCUGCAGGAACAAAAAUGCCAACAACGCGUGUGCCAGCCUUCAGAUGUGGUACAGACUGGUCAGGCUGGCUGGCUGGUUCUCAUCCUACAAUGGAAGAUGGUGAAGUUCUUAGGAUGGUCUGCUUUAGCGAUCGUCGUACAGGUUGCAAAUCUACAAUCAAAAUUUCAGUUCAAAAUUGUGGAUCAUUUUACAUCUAUAAAUUUGCUCCGUCCUCAUUUUGCAAUUCCCGCUACUGUGGUACGGACUAAAUCUGCGUCUAAUAACUUCACAAAAUGAGAUAUGUCAUAAAGAGAUCCUUGUGAACAAUGUACAUUACGAGUUACCGUAGUCCACUUCAUAUCGUAAUCGUUAAUGCCAUCGUUACAUGAGCUGGUGCAUAAUGCCAAUCUUUUUACGUCGGUGACGAACUGUUACAUGUUAUAUAUAUUAUAAGAGUUCUAAUGAUGGUGGGUAUCAAACCUCAUUUGAUUGAUAAUUAAUAAGAACCGUCAAAGGUCCAGGUAGUGUCUUUAAUCAGAAAGUAAGUUUCUUGAUCCCAGAUACCGACGCUUCUUGUUUAAGUUGUCAUCCCAUAAAACAUCUGUUUAAAAGCUGGAUUAUUAGACAAUCACUAAAGUAUCUCGCCUCAAUGUUACCUUAAUACGUUUACUAUCAAUAAAUUCAUUAUCAUCUCUGG